AAAGCUAUUUUUUGAGUGUGUUAGUGCAUAUAAUUAUACAAAGUAAGUUAUUAUUAUUAGUAUUUAAAUAUUGAUAUUAUUGAUUUUUAGUUUUAUAUUUAAAGUUUUUUUUUUAAUUUUAGUAUGGCAUCAUUUUUAUUAAAAAUUAAUUCUUCAGCAGCUGCUGAAGAAAAAGAAGUAAUAAAAGCGGAAGAAUUGCUUGAGGGGGAAGUAUAUCCUAUAAAAGAAAUAAAAAUUGUGAAAGGAGGAUUUGGAGAUCUGCCUCUAGUUGAACUAGAAGAGUUUAAAGUAUUCCUUCCAAAGCGGAUGACCGAGGCGGUUGCUGCAAGUUUACAAGACCUCAACACCGGAAAAUUUGGCCUGGUUUAUUUAGGCAAGAAGGAGUUCAAGGACGCCAAAUAUAAACCAACCCCAACCUUUGAAAUUAGGCAAAUUUAGAAAAUGGAUGUAAAAGUGGCCACGGUGAGUACAGACUCAUUAAAUUUAAUAUUAAAUGCCCUAAAGUUUUUAACAAAUAAUUCUGCUCAAAACGAUAUUAAAUUUUGGCUUAAUUUAAUUUAAAAAAAUAUUAGACUUUGCUCACAAUUAAACAAAAACAAUACAUUAUCGAUAGGAUGGCAAAAAAAAAUUAUAACAACCAUUGGACAAUUAAAACGAUGCCAAGUACAGUUAAAUAAUUUAAAGCAUGUAGGGGCGGGGGUGAAAACUAACCGUAGUGCGCGGAUUAAAUGGGAGGAUGUAACUACAAUGUUUAAGUCAAGAGUUCGAACAGGCAUUAUAAUAAAUAUUUUACAUCUAGAUCCCCUAGGGUUUUUAAAUGAUACAUUUUUUUUGUUUCAAUCUAGAAUAAAAAAUAUCUUAAAAUCCAUGCCGCUACUUAAAGUUAACACUUGUUUUGGAAGUGAUUUUCUAAAGCAAAAUAUUAAGUCAGAAGAUAUUACUGAAAUUAAAUAUUUUAAUACCAAAAACGUUGUCAUAGAUAGAAGUACAAAUUUAAAGAACUGGUUUCAAGAAAAUGUAAUAGAUAAAAUUUUGAAUAAAUUAAGUGAAUUUGCAGAGAAAGACUCAGGGUGGGCAUUAAAAAAAGUAUUAAGUUUAGAAAUCAAUAUAAAUAAAUAUGAGGUUGGUAACGGCUCAUCUUUUAUUAGGCUACCUGAGGAAAUUGCUAGAAAACGUGCCUGUGUAAAUAUAAAAAAUUAUGAUGAUUAUGCUUGCUUUGGGUGGGCUAUAGUAUCAGCAUUAUGCCCCCCAAAAUCUGUGGUGGAUAGAACUUCCUCAUAUCCUAGCUACAAUAAUGUUUUAAAUUUUGAUAAUAUUAACUUGCCUAUGAAACUACUUGAUAUUAAUAAAUUUGAAAAAUUAAAUUCCCUAUCUAUUAAUGUUUACGGGCUGGAGCUAAUUGAAACGAAAAAAGGUACUCAUUACAAUACUGUUUCAAUCAGACUUACAAAAAAUAAAUUAGAUCAGCAUAUCAAUUUGCUUUUAAUUCAAAAUAUGUAUUUUCCCAAGCAAUCUGAUUGCGAACCACUUAUAGAUGUAUCUGAUGAUAGCGAAAUAAAAUAUCACUACUGCUGGAUUAAAAAUUUAUCUAGACUAAUAUCCAAGCAAACAAGUAAACGUGGUCAUGAAAUGUUUAUUUGCGAUUGUUGCCUAAAUUAUUUUUCUAAUCAAGCAAAGUUGACUGAGCAUGAAAAAUAUUGUAUAAAAAUUAACAAAAGCAAAAUUUCUUUUCCUGAGUAUGACUUUGUUGAAUUUCAUAAUGAAAAAUUUCAAGAAAAAGUACCAUUUAUUAUAUAUGCUGAUAUAGAAUCUAUUCUUUUACCCAUAAAUGAAAAUAUUUCUAUAAAGUCUUUAAAAUAUCAGGAACAUAAAGCAUUUAGCGCCGCAUAUUAUUUUAAAUGUGAUUAUGAUGAUAAUUUAUCGUAUUACAAAAGCUAUCGCGGUCUCGAUUGUAUACAGUGGUUCGCAAAUGAGCUUGCAGAAGUAUCGAAACUGGUAAAAUUAAAAUUAAAAACUCACAUACCCAUGCAAAAUGAUAUUGACUUGAAGGAUGCCACUCCAUCAUGUCAUAUCUGCAAAAAAAUCUUUAGGCAGGAUGACAUUAUAGUUAGAGAUCAUAAUCACUUCAAUGGACAGUUCAGAGGUUAUGCCCAUCAGGUUUGUAACCUAAAUUACAAAAAUACCUUUACAGUCCCAGUUGUUUUUCAUAAGUUAUCCGGAUAUGAUUCACAUUUUUUUAUUAAAGAUUUAUCAAAUUUUACAAGAAUCUCUUUGCUACCGAUAAACAAAGAGAAAUACAUUUCCUUUACAGUUUACGAUAAUGAAACAAACAUAAAAUUAAGGUUUAUCGACUCUUUUCGCUUCAUGGCUUCAAGUCUAGAUAAAUUAUCUUCACAUUUACCUAAUUAUCCAAUUUUAAGAAGGGAAUUCAAAAAUUUGCCUAAUGAAAAAAUUAAACUAUUAGAACGUAAGGGUGCUUUCCCAUAUGAUUUUGUAGAUUCUGAAGAAAAAUUAAAUUUUCUGUGUCUACCUGAAAAAUCUGCUUUUUACAAUAAACUUAAUGAUUGCAAUAUUUCGAAUGAAUAUUAUGCACAUGCCCUUAAGGUGUGGCAAGAAUUUGAUUGUCAAAAUUUAGGUGAAUACUCUGACCUCUACUUAAAAACUGAUAUAUUAUUGCUAGCUGAUGUGUUUGAGCAGUUUCGCACCAGCUGUUUUAACAAGUAUGAACUCGAUCUAGCGCAUUAUUAUACUUUACCUGGAUAUACGUGGGAUUGCCUGCUAAAGUAUACCCGCUGUAGCUUACAAAUACUAAAGGAUGUAGAUAUGCUAUUAUUUAUUGAACAAGGUAUUCGCGGUGGGGUGAGCCAAUGUUGUAAUCGAUACGCUGAGGCUAACAAUAGGUAUAUGGGCAAGUCAUACGAUCCAUCAAAAUCAUCAAAUUAUUUACUCUACCUAGAUGUCAACAAUUUAUACGAGUGGGCUAUGUCUCAAUAUUUACCUUAUGAUGGUUUUCAAUGGGUUGAAAACUAUGAAAAUUUUAAUGUUAUGAAUGUUUUGGAUGAGUCACCAGUCGGCUACAUUUUAAAGGAUGAUCUAUCAUACCCAGAUGAAUUGCAUGAUUUACACAAAGAUUUGCCUUUUUGUCCAGAACAUAAAAAACCUCCAAAU